AUGGCUGUCGUUGAAGCAGAUCCCGUUGUGCGCCCUGAUGAACAGAUGAUGGUGAUUCCACGCGAGGAAGAUGCCGCAUCGUCAACGCAAAGCAUUUCUAGUUCCAUCUUGAGCUACCGAGAAGAGAACGGUAGAACAUACCAUCGAUAUAAGGAAGGCAAAUAUCACCUUCCCAACGAUGAGGUCGAGAACGAGCGACUUGACCUUCAACACCACCUCUUUCUACUCACUUUUGGCGACAAACUCGGCCUAGCACCAUCGAUCAAGCCCGACUCAAAGGUCAAACGCGUCCUUGAUCUUGGUACCGGGACAGGAAUCUGGGCGAUUGACUUUGCGGAUGAGCAUCCAGAAGCGGAGGUCGUUGGCAUUGAUUUGUCACCAAUCCAGCCAGCCUUCGUCCCGCCAAAUGUCCGGUUCAUUAUUGAUGAUAUUGAUGAUGAAUGGACCUAUGCCGAGUCAUUCGAUUACAUCCACAGUAGAAUGAUGACUUUUAGUAUCAAAGACUGGGAAGAAUACAUCCGCAAAAUCUACAAAGCCCUUGCCCCAGGCGGCUACAUCGAGAUCCAAGAAGUCAGCGGCAGCAUCCUCUCAGACGAUGGCACUCUCAAAAAGACCCACGCGCUCACAAAAUGGUUCACACUACUCAGCGAAGCCUUUGUCAAACUUGGCGGUGCAGCGAUUGAGUUUGACGGUAUCAAAGCCAUGAUGGAAAAAGUUGGGUUCGUUGAUAUCGUGGACACGCGAUUCAAAUGGCCCGUCAAUCCUUGGCCAAAGGAUAAAAAGUAUAAAGAGCUGGGCACGUGGAACAAUGCAAAUUCAAUGGAUGCUAUUGAGUCAUUGACUAUGGCACCGUUUUCGAGGGCUCAUGGUUGGUCGAGGGAUGAGGUGGAAAUGUUUUUGGUGGAUGUGAGGAAGGAUUUGAAUAAUCCUCAUAUUCACGCGUAUAACCCGAUUUGCUCUAUUUAUGCGAGGAAGCCUGAGAGCUCUGACGCGUAG